CCGGGCGCAGCCAUUUUAAUUCAUAUCGGAGUGGGCGGUGGCGGUUCUUGUUGGCGGUCUGGCUCCGCAGGGCAGGGGGCAAUUUUAGUUGUCUGGGGGUGGCUUUUAGUUUAAUUUUUCUUUUCUAGCUUGGCAUCGCGGGCCAGUUCGCACGUUCUAGUCGUCUGAGGCCAUGUCAGGAGACGGAGCCACGGAGCAGGCAGCUGAGUAUGUCCCAGAGAAAGUGAAGAAAGCCGAAAAGAAAUUAGAAGAGAAUCCCUAUGACCUUGACGCUUGGAGCAUUCUCAUUCGAGAGGCACAGAAUCAACCUAUAGACAAAGCACGGAAGACUUAUGAACGCCUUGUUGCCCAGUUCCCCAGUUCUGGCAGAUUCUGGAAACUGUACAUUGAAGCAGAGAUUAAAGCUAAAAAUUAUGACAAGGUCGAAAAGCUAUUUCAGAGAUGCCUUAUGAAGGUUUUGCACAUUGAUUUAUGGAAGUGUUAUCUUUCAUAUGUCCGAGAAACCAAGGGUAAACUACCAAGUUACAAAGAAAAAAUGGCUCAAGCAUAUGACUUUGCACUGGAUAAAAUUGGAAUGGAAAUUAUGUCUUAUCAGAUUUGGGUGGAUUACAUCAAUUUCUUAAAAGGCGUGGAAGCUGUUGGAUCUUAUGCAGAAAAUCAGAGAAUAACAGCUGUUCGAAGAGUUUAUCAACGAGGUUGUGUUAAUCCCAUGAUCAACAUUGAACAGCUAUGGAGAGACUAUAACAAGUAUGAAGAGGGUAUCAAUAUUCAUUUAGCUAAAAAAAUGAUUGAAGAUCGGAGUAGGGAUUACAUGAAUGCUAGGCGGGUAGCAAAGGAAUAUGAGACAGUAAUGAAAGGUUUGGACCGCAAUGCUCCCUCAGUGCCUCCUCAGAAUACUCCUCAAGAAGCUCAGCAGGUAGAUAUGUGGAAGAAGUACAUACAGUGGGAAAAGAGCAACCCUCUUCGUACAGAAGAUCAGACCCUUAUAACUAAAAGAGUUAUGUUUGCUUAUGAACAGUGCCUGCUUGUGCUGGGCCAUCACCCUGAUAUUUGGUAUGAAGCUGCCCAGUAUCUUGAGCAGUCAAGUAAACUGUUAGCAGAGAAGGGGGAUAUGAAUAAUGCCAAAUUAUUUAGUGAUGAAGCUGCUAAUAUAUAUGAAAGAGCAAUAAGCACUUUAUUAAAGAAGAAUAUGCUUCUUUAUUUUGCAUAUGCAGAUUAUGAAGAGAGUCGCAUGAAGUAUGAGAAAGUUCACAGUAUAUAUAACAGACUUCUGGCAAUUGAGGAUAUUGACCCCACCUUGGUAUAUAUCCAAUAUAUGAAAUUUGCAAGAAGAGCAGAAGGUAUUAAAUCUGGAAGAAUGAUAUUUAAAAAAGCAAGAGAAGAUACCAGAACCCGCCACCAUGUCUAUGUUACUGCAGCACUCAUGGAGUAUUACUGUAGUAAGGACAAAUCUGUUGCCUUUAAGAUUUUUGAGCUGGGGCUAAAGAAAUAUGGAGACAUUCCAGAAUACGUCCUGGCCUAUAUUGACUAUCUUUCUCACCUCAAUGAGGACAAUAAUACUCGAGUUUUGUUUGAACGAGUUUUAACAUCUGGAAGUCUUCCACCUGAGAAGUCUGGAGAAAUCUGGGCCCGAUUUUUAGCUUUUGAAAGUAAUAUUGGUGAUCUAGCUAGUAUACUCAAAGUGGAGAAAAGACGGUUUACAGCAUUCAAAGAAGAGUAUGAAGGCAAAGAAACAGCUUUACUGGUAGAUAGAUACAAGUUCAUGGAUUUAUAUCCCUGCUCUGCAAGUGAACUAAAAGCGCUUGGGUAUAAGGAUGUCUCCCGUGCUAAGCUAGCAGCUAUAAUUCCAGACCCAGUUGUAGCUCCUUCUAUAGUGCCUGUUCUGAAAGAUGAAGUGGAUAGAAAACCAGAAUACCCUAAACCAGACACUCAGCAGAUGAUUCCAUUUCAGCCACGACAUUUAGCACCUCCGGGCUUACACCCUGUCCCGGGUGGAGUGUUCCCAGUACCACCUGCAGCAGUUGUUUUAAUGAAACUUCUCCCUCCUCCUAUUUGUUUCCAGGGUCCUUUUGUACAAGUGGAUGAACUGAUGGAAAUUUUCCGAAGAUGCAAGAUACCAAAUACAGUUGAAGAAGCUGUGAGGAUCAUUACUGGAGGAGCCCCAGAGCUAGCUGUAGAAGGCAAUGGCCCGGUGGAAAGUAAUGCAGUACUCACCAAGGCUGUCAAAAGGCCCAACGAAGAUUCAGAUGAAGAUGAGGAAAAGGGAGCUGUCGUUCCCCCUGUUCAUGACAUUUACAGAGCAAGGCAGCAGAAGCGAAUUCGGUGAAGCAGGCACAGAACCUGCCUCUGAAAGAAAACUCCUAUCCAGGAUUCCUUUUGCCUCUUAAGUCAUAUGUUUAAAAGAGACAAUGCUUUGUUACAAAGUUCUUGGAAACAAAGUUGUAUUGUCAUUGGUGCCUCUAUUCAUAUGCUUCUUGAGAAAAACCAACCAACCUAUGUGAAUUUUAGGAUUUGGAACAGACCUAUGCUCUAAGCAAAAUUAGGUUUUCAAAAAUGUGAGAACAGUACAAAGUGGCAGAACCACAUUUUGUUCCCGCUUCAAGGGUGUCUUGUAUGUACCACUUGAAGACUUGUGGGUUUUCAACAGUUUUAUUUUAAAAACUGGAUGGCUUAUGAUUGUAAAGCAUUUUAUCACAUUUUCUGAAAACAACAGCUGUUCUUGGUUUGCUUAUGUAGAGUCCUGCCUUAUUGUUUGUUUUAUUUAUGGCAGAAUGUACGGA